GGCUACUUCUAUGCUAGCUACACCUGGAGCUCUUCUUGUUUUUUCUUGUGGACACUAAAGCGGAGAUUUUUCCAGCUGUCAUGGAAAACCGACACAAGCGAGUGAAUCCAGAGCAAGAUGCCCUGGUGCACAUUGUGGCUUGCAGAGACAAACCCUUCCUAGAAGAAAGGUUCAUAGACUCCUUUAAAGGAAAGGGUGUCUUUACAAACAAAACCAUUAAAGCAUCUGCCUUUGUUGUCGAGUAUCGUGGGAAGAUCUUUCUUCGCAAAGACGGGAGGCCUAAGAAGAGAAGCGGUGAUACUUUGAAUGGUUUCUUAUAUGAGUUUACAUGGAAUGGAGAACAGUGGUGCGUUGAUGCUUCCAAAAACGACAAGACCCUUGGAAGGCUUGUGAAUGAUGAUCACAUAAGUCCAAACUGUGAAAUGAAGAAGAUCGUUUAUGAGGGGAAGCCACACUUGUGCCUCUUUGCAGUGGAAGAAAUACCUCAAGGCAAAGAGAUAACUUACAACUACGGCAGCUCCUAUUACUCGUGGCGUCCCAAGGAGUCACGUGAUGGACCAAGUACUUCAGACAAAAAAAUGUAUCAAAUUUCAUCAACACCCAAGAAAAGAAGAUUUAAAGACUCGGAUGAUGACAGCGAACUACCAGGUCCAAGUCAUGACAGUGACCACUCUGUUGAUCUUGGAAGGUCAUCCAGGGACAGUUCGCCACAUUCUGAGUCAGAUUCUCAAGAAAUGACGAAAAACUUCAGGAGAGUGUCAUCAAUUCAGGAGGAUGACACUUCGAGUUCUGAUGAUCAUGACUCGGACAAAGACAAGACGUACAAAGAAGACAGAUACAAAGGAGACAGAUCCAGUAAGGCUGGACUAAAAGGCGGAGGAACAUCUUUCACAAAGAAAAAUUACUGUUAUGUUUGCGGGAAAGGUUAUCACAAAAUUCCUCGGCAUCUUUCAAGGCACAUCGAUGAAGACCCUGAAAUCGCUGAAAUCUUUGCUUUACCCAAAAACUCAGCAGAACGUAAAAGUCUGCUGGCCAAAUUACGAAAAAGAGGAAACUACAAACAUAAUCAAGAGGUUCUGAGGAGUAACACAGGACCGCUAAAAGUGGGAAGACGAUCAUCCCGCUAUGUAAUGACUGCUGAAAAUUUUGUGCACUGCAUUUAUUGUAAAGUAAUGCUUCAAAGCAAAGACCUAUAUAGGCAUGUAGCAAAGUGUGCUAAGCAAACAAUAAAUGCUGCAACACAUGGCGAGACGAGCAUCUUGGGGGAUGUCACCGAGUCGGAGUUCUCUGAAAAGUUUCCGUCUGAAGUUUGGGAGAUACUUUCACCGAUGAAACAAGAUGAAAUUGUAUUUUUAAUUCAACAUGACUACCUUUUCAUGAAGAUGGCCCAGAGUCUUAUUGAGAACAGUGGAAAUGAUCCGACAAACCAAGAGCGCGUCAGACAGAAGUUGAGAAAAAUAGGAAGGCUCUUAAUAGAGCUCCAUGAUAAGAGAAUAGUGAGUUUUGAAGCAGCACUUAAACCCAGAAGCUUCUACAAAGUUGUUGCUGCUGUCAGAAACCUCUCUGGUUUUGAUGAAAAAAAGCAGAAGUACAGCAAACCGAGCCUUGCCUUGUUUUUUGUAAAGUCUCUGAAAAAACUGGGAGAAUUUGUUGUCGCACAGAGCGACAGCAGUAAGCGGGCCGUGAGAGAUGCUAACACAUUCAUGAUGCUGUGUGCGAAGGAGUGGAAGGAAACUGGCCCUCACAAAGAUGCACCUUCAUCAAGUGAACACAAAGUACACAGCCCCUCUACGAUACCGUUCACGCGUGACAUACAGACGUUCUACACGCACCUGGAAAAGACUUCUGCUUCUGCCAUUGAGUGCAUGAAGAAGUAUGAAACCCCUCAGAUGUAUAAUGCACUUUGCAGAGUCAUACUUGCACAGGUGUCAGUCUUAAACAAAUGCGCACCCGAGGUUUCAAAAAUUACCCUUAAGUCAUUCCAGGAGCGGGACGAGACUACCCAGGUGUUGUCCAAGCACUUUAUCAGGAUUAAUAUUGCAGGCAAGACUGGGCAGAACGUUGCUGUUUUGUUGACGUCUCAGCUCGUCAGCGCAUUAACGUUGCUUAUGAGCAAGAGACCAGCGUGCGGAGUACACGAAGACAAUCCUUUCUUGUUUGCAAAGCCAGACGGUUCAUCCACAAGCCUCUACCACGGAGGCCACUGUGUUCAGGUCUACACAAGAAUGUGCUCUGCAAAGAACCCAGAGCACCUCACGUCCGUGCAUUUUCACAAGCACAUUGCAAGAAUUUUUCAGAUUCUUAACUUGGAGAAUGACGAGCUACCUCACCUUGCUAAACUGCUGGGUCAUGACAUCCGGAUGGACAGGGAUUAUUAUCGGCUGCCCGAAGCGGCUGUUGAACUCGCAAAAAUUGCUAAACUGCUUCUGGCAAUGGAAAAAGGCUCUCUUGAAAGAUUCAAAGGAACCUCUCUGGAUGAGAUUGAGAUUGAAGAUGAAUUGGAGCCAGAUAUGGAGCAGGGCAGCUCUGUGGUGGACCGUGAAGAGUCAGAUUUUCUACCUCAGCAGAGCGAUGAUGUGGAUCAGCAAGGCGGACAGCUAACUCCUGAGCAGGAUGCCAUGCAGCACAUAAAGGCUUGCAAGGACAAAUCCUUCCUGAAGGAAAUGUUUAUUAAUUCCACUAAAGGGAGAGGUGUGUUCACCAGUAAAGCCAUUGAGCCAUCCAACUUUGUUGUUGAGUAUCGGGGGAACGUCUCAACCUGUGGAGAAACCCGUCCAGAGAAAUGUGUAGACACCCUCAACAAUUUCUUGUUUCAGUUUUCCUGGAACGGAACAAGCUGGUGCAUUGAUGCUUCUGCAGAGGAUGGGACUCUCGGACGACUCGUGAAUGAUGAUCACGUAAGCCCCAACUGCAAAAUGAAGAAAAUUGCUCAUGAGGGGAAACCACAUCUGUGCCUGUUUGCUCUGAAGAAAAUAUCUCCAGGCGAGGAGAUAACUUACAACUAUGGGCAGUCCUCUUACGCUUGGCGAUCAGCAGAUCAAAACAAAGAACCACAAACCUCAGAAAUGGAGACUGCAGCGUCUUCGACAGUGGAUGAAAGAGUGGAAAACUCAGAUGAGGAAUUCAGUUCUGCAGAAUGCUUCUCUGAUGAAGAUUAUGUCAUUGACAAUGAACCAAGCAAUGAUGACAGUUUUACCGAAAACGAUGACCAGGAUCAGGAAUUUGAAGAAAAUGCAGAUGACUCGAAGGCCGGUUCUUCCAAAGCGCCGAACGAUAUGUCGGACUCCGAUGAGUCUGACUCUGAUGGAAAGUCUAAAGAAACUUCCUUCACUAAGAGAAAUUACUGUUACGUUUGUGGGAAACCUCAAACUAAAAUUUCUCGUCACCUUUUCACGCAUAGAAAGGAAGAACCUGAAAUUGCUGAAGUGUACGCAAUGCGCAGGAACAGCAAGGAACGCAAAAAGCGUCUGGAGAUGUUGCGAAACAAAGGAAACUUCAAACACAACCAAGGAGUCUUGAAGGCUCGCAGAGGAAAACUGAAAGUGGAAAGAAAAUCGGAGAUGUCCACAUUUAAAACACUCGCCACUUGUGUAUAUUGUAAACGCAUGUAUGAUCGUAAAGUGGUGUGGCAUCAUAUGCAAAAGUGUCCCUCGAUGGCAUCCAAUAAACCUCCAGAAGGCGUUCAAAGUCAAAUCUUAACUUUGGUUGCCGCCACUGGACUAACGGACCCUGAACAGAUCUCAACAGGUGUGAAGAAGAUGUUGAAAAAAAUGAAGAAAGACGAUAUUUCCUCUGUAGUUUGCGAAGAUUCUUACAUAUUACAAUUGGCACAAUGUUGCUACCACAUGAGAGAGAAGAAACAGAAUCAGGGAUACGUCACUCAGAAGCUGAGGCAAAUGGCACGGAUCCUGAUAACGUUAAGAAAGAAGUCGAUAAACAGCUUCGAAGACGCAGUCAAGCCCCAAAACUUCAACGCCGUUGUAGAAGCUGUCCAGGAGAUUGCGGGCAUCAAAGAGGGGUCGAAGUCGUUUGACAAACCAUCUCUCGUUUGGAAGCUUGGAAAUUCGCUGAAGAAGAUCGCUGACAUUAAAUACGCCAGGGCUUUGAAGGAUGGUGAUGAAGAGGUGUUAGAGGAAGCUGAGGCAUUUAUUAAGCUGUGUACGAAAGAAUGGCCCUCCCAUGCAAAAUCACAACCAAAAACACCCUGCCAGCCAACCUUACAGUUUACACAAGAUGUGAUGCUGCUCUACAAGUGCCUGAACAGGACAACAGCUUCUGCAGUCCAGAGCCUGAUGAUGUAUGCAGUAACACCGGUCUACAACGCGCUUCUCAAAGUGGUACUUGCAUUCGUGUCCUUCUUAAACAAAAAUAUUCAGGAUGUUUCAAGGGUGACACUCCAGUCAUUCAAGGAAAGGGCUUCCGCAGAGCUUCAGGAAGAUGCUGCUGGUUCACAGACCCAGUUGGAGCAAAUUCUGUCCAAGCACAAAGUCACGAUUGGUGUUAGUAACUCAAAUGGAAAAUAUUUGCUCUUACUUUGA